AUGAUGGAUUUAAAUCAUACGAAAUGUGGUAAUGGUGUUUCUACAACCCUAACAAAGAGUACUCACAGUAAUCCGAAUGAACCAGUACAACAAGAACAAAGGGAAUUGGAAGAGAAAAAGAAUCUCUCAUCUCGCGGUGUUAAACCAACUCCGUAUAAUGAUAAUCCUGAUCUUCCACUCUAUAUGAUAGAUCAAGUCCCAAAACAUCUUGCGGAUAACAAAUACAUUAUCUCAGGAUAUCGCUUUGAUUAUACUACACGUAUGUGUUUUCGAAGUAUAUUUUCACUUCACAAUGAAACGUUUAAUAUUUGGACCCAUCUUGUGGGGUAUAUGGCAUUUCUUGUCGUUAUUACUAUCUUUUUUGCCGUUGUGUUAAUACCUUCGUUGCGGGAAGAACAACGAGAAACGAUGAGAUCUACGGAAGAAGUUUCUGGGAUUAAUUGGGUCACAAUUUUUAUCUUGGGUGCUUUUUCUUUUGGAUGCUUAAUGUGUAUGCUUUGUAGUACUCUCUUUCAUACACUUAUCCCUCAUGAGAGUAUGGUAUUAUAUGCAUGGGCACAUUCCUUGGAUUAUUUUGGUAUUACUUUUCUUGUGGUGGGUUCAUUUCUUCCCUUUUGCUAUUUUAGCUUUGCAUGUGAACCAUUUUGGCGUUGGACGUAUUUAACUAUGAUUUUAUCAUUUGGUGUUAUUGGUGUUCUUGGCCCUUUUUUCCGACAGUGGACCCAACAACAACAUGCUAAGCGAAAAGUUUUAUUUUAUGUUUGUAUGGUGGGAAGUGGUCUUUUCCCGAUUAUUCACAUGUAUGUGUUACUCCCAGGAAAUGUGGCUUCCUCCUUUGUAGAGGGACUUCUCUUGAUGAUGACAUUAUAUGGAGUGGGUGUUGUGGUUUAUGUUUUUCAAAUUCCUGAGUUUUUCUUUCCAGGGCAUUUUGAUAUUUUUUUGAGCAGUCAUCAGAUUUGGCAUGUCUUUGUGCUGGCGGCUGCCUUUGUACACUUCUUCAACUGCGCAUCCAUGUACAUUAACUUUCAGAGAAUGGAUCUCAGUUGCUGA